AUGCUGACUGUGGUCAAGUGGGCUCGCAGAGUUCGACUACUUAACCAUGCAACACCAGCAGCGUUACCCCAAAAUCUUCCGAAUCUGACGACCGGCGAAUUGCAAUCAGCAUGGGAGCAUUGGAUCUUCGCAGAAGAGAGGAAACGUACUGCGCUCGGAAUCUUCAUCCUUGAUGCUGAGUUAGCAAAGAUUCAUCAUCAUGAACCAUAUCUACGUCCUGCCACUCCGCGUCUUCCGGCCAUCUCCUCAGAUGACGCGUUUGCAGCCAGUAAUGCAAAUGCUUGGAAGGAGAUUGUUCAUCAACAGAGUCAAAAAUCUGGAAGCAGGACCUCAUUGCCAACUGAGGUGCAGGAGCGAAGGCCUGCCGGGAAGAGUGACUUCGAACUCUGCGCCAUGCUUGAGUCCAUUAGUGCUAUGGCCUGUGAACGCGAAGAGCCUUUCUCGACCGUCCCUCAUCUGACCGAGAAGUGCCAGGAAAUGCUUAUAUCCUGGUACGAGACGCAUCUAUCUACUGCUGCUCGUGGUCAAAUCUCGGCUUAUCCACUACGGGUUCUCUGGCACUCGACUUUCAUUCUCUUAUACUCAAACCUUGACGUUCUUGAGCGAGCCUGCGGUCGAGACGGGCCUGAGGCAGCUCAAGAAGCCAUUGGAUACGCUCGCACGUGGGCAAAUUCCCUAGAGGCGACCAGAUCUCUAGUACACGCUGUCUGCGUCAGAAAUUACUUCGAGUCAAUGCCUAUUGGGUCCGAGUGUCCACUACACAUUCCCACCUGUCUUUACCAUUGCGGGAUCAUCUGGUUCUGUUUUGGACAUUUUGGGGACAUCAGCAAUAGACUAACCAUCGAACGCAACUUCCCUGAACUAGAUCUAGUUGGGAUGAACGUCGACGAAAUUAAUGCGACAGAAUUGAGGAACUCAAGAGUUCAGCGAAACGCCGCGAAUCAGGUCUUCAGGAUUGUCGGUCUGCUACAGAGUAUACGCCAUUGGAAGCUGUCUUUGAGUCUUGCUUCAACGUUGCUCGCGCUUAUAGAGGAGCAGGAUAAUGUGUUUUAG